AGUCAAUCUGCCAUCAUAUAUGUUAUCGGCAAAAUUUUAUAUUUCUACAAACAUUUUACCAGUAAAUUAAAAUUUGUAACACACAGCUGUGUGUUACACAUCGCGAGAUAAGUUUUGAAAUUGGCUGCUUGGAAUGACUGACGAUUAAAUCCAUGUAAGACAAUAAGACAAACAUAAGGAAAAAACGAGCUAGCAUUAUGAAAUCUAAUCUAUAUAGUUUGAAAUAUCGAUUAAAAUGAUUGAUCGAUAACGACAGAAUGCAAAUAAAAAGUCGUAGCGUAAGUAUUUUUAUUUUCGUAUUUUCGUAUCAGAUAAUGCGAGCGUAUCACGUGAUCCACUUGAUAUCCGGACUUGUCGCGAUUCGUUCGUUGGUGCCGUUGGUGGCUUUCGUGGGCUUUUGUCCAUACGUGCAGAAUGGCAUUCAACUUAGCUGCUUUUUCAUAUAUUGUGGCGUUAAUCGGCGACGCGUUUCUAAUAUUUUUCGCGAUAUUUCACGUAAUCACGUUCGAUGAGUUAAAGACUGGAUACAAAAAUCCGAUCGAUCAAUGUAAUAAUUUAAAUCCGCUUGUUCUACCAGAGUAUAUACUGCACGUUGUGAUCAAUCUUUUAUUUUUGAUUAGCGAGCAAUACUUUUCGCUGUUUAUCAAUAUCCCACUCAUAGCUUAUCAUGUAUGGAGAUACAUGAACAGGCCUCUGAUGACAGAAUCAGGCCUAUAUGAUCCUACAAGCAUAAUGAAUGCUUAUGACUUGUCCAUGUACCAUAGAGAAGGAUGGAUUAAACUAGCCUUUUACCUUUUGUCGUUUUUUUAUUACUUAUAUGGAAUGAUCAGCUCAUUGAUCAAUUGAAAUGAGCAACCAUUGUAAAGAUUUUCCAUUUUUUCUGCAACUGUUUGAUGCAAUGGUUGCUUAUGCUGGAGAUACAAGUUAUUUUCAACCAAUUUGUAAUAAUGGGAGUUUUGUAACAAGUAUUAUGGAGAAAGAUUCUUUGACAUCUGUCUAACAUAUAGGUAAACUUUAUAAUACACACACACACACACACACACGCGCGCGCGCGCGCGCAUGAUUUAGACUACAUUAGACAUUUUUCUGGAGUAUGUCACUAUAUAUACUUUAAGCAAGAUAUUAUUUAUAUAGGUAUGAAAUAAAAAAGAUUUUGAGUCAAAUCAAAUAUUAUAAAUAUUAUUGUGCUUUUGUCAGAUAUACAAAGCUGAAUAUUU